UUGUGUAUCGAGAAGGACUAUAAUGGCGAUGGCAUUGGACCGGCCGGCUUCUGCUUCGUAUAACCCACCGCAAUCAAACAAGCUUCGAUGGGGUGAACUCGAUGAAGAAGACGGAGAGGAUCUGGAUUUCCUUCUCCCACCUCGCAUGGUAAUUGGGCCAGACGAGAAUGGCGUGAAGAAGGUAAUUGAGUACAAGUUCAAUGAUGAUGGCAACAAGGUUAAGAUCACCAGUACAACUCGGACUCGGAAACUUGCCAAGGCCCGACUCAGUAAGCGAGCCCUCGAGCGUCGCUCUUGGCCCAAGUUUGGUGACGCCGUGCAUGAGGAGGUUGGUAGCAGGCUCACCAUGGUUUCCACCGAAGAGAUUCUCCUUGAGAGACCUAGGGCUCCCGGGAGCAAACCAGAAGAAACCAAAGUUGCUGGAGACCCCUUGGCACAGCUUGGGAAAGGUGGUGCUGUUCUCAUGGUAUGCCGUACAUGUGGAAAGAAGGGUGACCACUGGACAUCAAGGUGCCCCUACAAGGAUCUUGCUCCUCCAUCUGAAGGUUUUGUUGACAAGCCUGCAUCAGAAACUACAGCUCCUGCUGCUGGUGCAACCAAGGGAGCCUACGUUCCUCCAGGCAUGAGAGGUGGUGCUGCAGAAAGAGGCAGUGUUCCUGAUAGGCGCAGGAAUGAAGAAAAUUCGGUUAGGGUUACCAAUCUUUCAGAGGAUACACGUGAACCUGACUUGCUUGAGCUCUUCCGGACGUUUGGUCCUGUCAGCCGUGUGUAUGUUGCUGUUGACCAGAAGACAGGCGUGAGCCGAGGAUUUGGUUUUGUGAACUUUGUAAACAAGGAGGAUGCCGAGAGAGCCAUCAACAAGCUGAAUGGCUAUGGAUAUGACAAUCUGAUCCUCAGAGUUGAGUGGGCUACACCAAGGGCGAAUUAGGAAGUCUCUAAACAAGAAUGUCACAACAGUUGCAGUAUUUGAAUUUCUUUGUAAGAGUUUUCCUACCAUUAUCAGUUUUUGUAGUGGAAAGAACAGAUGCUUGUCUCAUUAAUUCUGAGAGGAAAUGAGCUGUUUUGUUACUUUAUUUCUGGAUAAUUUGUUUGAUAUUGUAUUUCUUUCUUGUUU